AUGCCCUCCAAUACCCAGAAGAAGCACAAGUGCAAGGUCUGCGAUAAGCGCUUCACGCGUCCGUCUUCUCUGCAGACGCAUAUGUACAGCCACACUGGUGAAAAGCCAUUCGCGUGUGAUGUUGAAGGCUGCGGGCGGCACUUCUCCGUUGUCUCAAACCUGCGUCGACACAAGAAGGUCCACAAGGGCGAGAAGGACACCGGCUCUGGCGAUGAUGACGAGUAA